AGUCAGCAGUAGCACUCACCCACUCCUCUGAAGUCCCAGUGCCAUCUGCUCCAUACUUCGCAGGUAGGAGGGAGCAUGGCGGGGAGCGGCGGCGGCGUCGUCUCCGGCGGCCGCCAGCGCGGGCCCCCGCUGUUCGCGACGGAGAAACCGGGGCGGAUGGCGAUGGCGGCGUACCGGGUGUCCGCGGCCACGGUCUUCGCGGGAGUUCUUCUGAUAUGGCUGUACAGAGCCACUCACCUGCCUCCCGGUGGCGGCGACGGCGUGCGGCGGUGGGCGUGGCUCGGGAUGCUCGCGGCGGAGCUCUGGUUCGGCUUCUACUGGGUCCUGACGCUGUCCGUGCGGUGGUGCCCCGUCUACCGCCGCACCUUCAAAGACCGCCUCGCUCAAAGCUACAGUGAAGACGAGCUUCCCAGUGUGGACAUUUUUGUCUGUACAGCGGAUCCAACAGCAGAGCCACCGAUGCUUGUCAUCUCCACUGUUUUGUCUGUCAUGGCUUAUGACUACCUGCCUGAGAAGCUGAACAUCUACUUAUCUGAUGAUGCUGGUUCGGUUUUAACAUUCUACGUUCUAUGCGAGGCAUCCGAGUUUGCAAAGCAUUGGAUUCCAUUUUGCAAGAAGUACAAGGUGGAACCCAGAUCACCAGCUGCUUACUUUGCUAAAGUAGCUUCCCCUCCUGAUGGGUGUGGACCUAAAGAGUGGUUUACCAUGAAGGAACUGUACAAAGACAUGACAGAUCGUGUGAACUCAGUAGUAAAUUCAGGUAGGAUCCCCGAGGUUCCACGAUGCCAUUCCAGAGGCUUCUCACAGUGGAAUGAGAAUUUCACUUCUAGUGAUCACCCUUCUAUAGUUCAGAUUUUAAUCGAUAGUAACAAACAAAAGGCAGUUGAUAUUGAUGGAAAUGCAUUGCCAACACUUGUAUAUAUGGCACGUGAGAAGAAACCCCAGAAACAGCAUCACUUCAAAGCUGGAUCUUUGAAUGCUUUGAUAAGGGUAUCAUCAGUGAUAAGCAACAGUCCAAUCAUCAUGAAUGUUGAUUGUGAUAUGUACUCAAACAAUUCAGAGUCCAUCAGAGACGCAUUGUGUUUUUUCCUAGAUGAAGAGCAAGGCCAAGAUAUUGGUUUUGUACAGUAUCCUCAGAAUUUUGAAAAUGUGGUGCACAAUGACAUCUAUGGCCACCCAAUCAAUGUUGUCAACGAGUUGGAUCAUCCUUGCUUGGAUGGUUGGGGUGGAAUGUGUUACUAUGGCACUGGAUGCUUCCAUCGGAGAGAGGCCCUAUGUGGACGAAUCUAUAGUCAAGAAUAUAAGGAAGAUUGGACUAGGGUAGCAGGGAGAACAGAAGAUGCUAAUGAGUUGGAAGAAAUGGGCAGGUCACUUGUGACUUGCACAUAUGAGCAUAACACCAUCUGGGGAAUUGAGAAGGGGGUUAGGUAUGGGUGCCCACUGGAGGAUGUAACUACAGGAUUACAAAUCCAAUGCCGUGGAUGGAGAUCAGUGUACUACAACCCCAAAAGAAAGGGAUUCUUAGGCAUGACACCCACCUCACUAGGCCAGAUCCUGGUCCUGUACAAGAGAUGGACAGAAGGGUUCCUCCAAAUAUCCCUCUCACGGUACAGCCCCUUCUUAUUAGGUCAUGGGAAGAUCAAGCUGGGUCUUCAAAUGGGCUACUCUGUCUGCGGCUUCUGGGCCGUGAACAGCUUCCCCACCUUGUACUAUGUCACAAUUCCUUCUCUUUGCUUCCUCAAUGGCAUCUCCCUCUUUCCUGAGAAAACUAGCCCCUGGUUCAUACCCUUUGCGUACGUUAUGGUGGCCGCAUACUCCUGCAGCUUAGCAGAGUCACUGCAAUGUGGUGACAGUGCAGUGGAGUGGUGGAAUGCACAGAGGAUGUGGCUCAUUAGAAGGAUCACCUCAUACCUCCUGGCAACCAUCGACACAUUCCGCAGAAUAUUGGGCAUCUCUGAGUCUGGAUUCAACCUGACAGUGAAGGUCACUGACUUGCAGGCCUUGGAGAGGUACAAGAAGGGGAUGAUGGAAUUCGGAUCCUUCUCGGCGAUGUUUGUAAUCCUUACGACAGUUGCGCUGCUCAACCUGGCAUGCAUGGUGUUAGGAAUUAGUAGAGUUUUGUUACAAGAAGGCCCAGGGGGUUUGGAAACUUUGUUUCUCCAGGCUGUUCUGUGUGUACUGAUAGUAGCCAUCAAUUCUCCGGUUUAUGAGGCGCUCUUCCUCCGCAGGGACAAGGGCAGCUUGCCAGCUUCUGUCGCUCGAGUUUCCAUUUGCUUUGUGUUGCCACUCUGUAUACUCUCAAUAUGUAAAUGAUAUUACGUACAGUAUGUACAAUGCUAUAUAUCAGGAAGAAAUUAAACUUAAAAGAGCUUCAAUA